AUGAUUGUUCUAGACGAAGAUGAACCUAAAUUCCCUAAUGAGGAGAACCCUGAUUCUAAGCUAGCCUAUGAGUUGUUUCGACAGAAAAACUCUAAGGCAAAACUCCUCGUGUUGAGUUCUCUAGAGAAGACCAUCGCUGAUUCGGUCAAGGAUCUGUACUUGACCAAGGAUAUAAUGGAGGAGUUAAAGGAGAUGUAUGGGAGGGAAGAACGUCAUGCCCAUCAUCAACUGGUGACACUCCUCCAUGGCGCAAAGAUAGCUCAAGGUACUCCGAUUAUUGACCAUGUCAUCAAACUGAGAAACUUGUUCCUGGAUCUGGAGAACCUUGGGACGUCAUUCAAGCUGAAUUAUAAGAUGGAUGUCAUCUUCCACUCAUUGCCUCAGGACAUCUACGGAUCGUUUAUUGUCAAUUACAAUAUGAAUAAAAUUUUUGUGGAACUCCCUGAGCUGAGCAACAUGUUGCAAGAGGUGGAAGCUGCGUUAAAGAAGCAGAAAGUGGAGUGUACGGAUAACAAAAAAAUCCCCUUUGCAGCCGUUAUUCUGUCUGUAUACAGAUAA